CCCGGACUUGCAACCGCCUCUGCAGGGAGAAAUUAAAUUUUUCAUCUACAAUUUGGAAGCUAAAUUGAUAACAAAAUGAAGUCAGCAAUCAAUCUGUCAUCCAAUAGUAACAAAUUAGCAAGUGCUCCAGAAUUGUCUCAGAAAAAAGGACAACUUAAUUUACCAUUGUUACCUAAUCCAAAAGAAAAACAUGGUGCAAAAUCAGUACGUGAUAAAAUUGAACCAAUGGUUCUAAGAUCUCCACCAACAGGAGAAUCCGUUGUACGCUAUGCUUUGCCCAUUCCAUCAAGUAAGACAAAGGAGUUAAUAGCAGAAGAUGAAAUGAUCAGGAAGAUUACCAAACAUCUGAAGGUGGUUGUUUCUAAUUUAGAAGAAUCCUAUGGAUCUAGUGUUGAAGAUGGAGCAAAACCAGUAGCAAAGCCUGGGGAGAAAGAAUUAUCUUUAUCUGUUGGGGAUGAUAUGAGUUCGUUCUUGGUAAAUUGUUCACAAUUUGCAGUUCAGCUAGAAGAAGCAGUUAAAGAAGAACAUGAUAUUUUGGAAUCUCUUUUUAAGUGGUUUCAGCUACAGGUCAAUCAAAUGGAGGAGCUAAGUAGAGGUUAUAGUCUUUCAGAAGCAGAUAUUCUAGCACCUGAGAAAACAGUCUCUUUAAACAUUUCAAAAGUAGUAAUGCAAAUGCAAAAGCUUGAAGAACUGAAAAAUCAGCUUACACAGAUGCCUAAAUACUCCUUGAAAAACAUGCCAUGUAAACCCAAAGAUAAUAAAGAAAAUCAACUAAUAUCAGUGGAAAGUUGUGAAAACAUACAGCAGAAAAUUGAAGAAUUCAUAAAAACCCACUCAGUAGAAGAAGUUUUAGAUACUUCUGAAACCGAAACACAUACUGCUUCAAUGACUAACCAAUUCAAUAUGAUGUUGAAAGUAUUUGAAAAACAGUCAGAUAUGUUGAAAAGAGCUGAAGAUGAUCAAAGCUUAUUAGAAGCUAAGUACAAACAGAUGCAAAAUGAUUUUGAAUUAUUAUCAGAGGAGAAAUCAGUGCUGGAAAAUGAACUACAAAAGUUGAAGGAUAUAGAGAUUACACAGAAAAAACAUGUAAGUGAUCGAACAAAGAAAACUGUAAAAAUAGAAAAGAAAAAAGACAAAGAAAAGCCAGUGGAUUCAGAAAGGGUGUUGUCUCAAGGAAUCCAGCUUAAAGUAAAAGAAAGUUUGUUUCAAGUCCAGAAACGAGCAGAUGCUCUGGAAACUGAGAACAGAGUUCUUCAGGAACAACUAAAACAGGCUUUACAGGAAGCAGAAAGAAGUAAGCUUCAACUUGACUAUUUCCUAAAUCAAGGGGUGGAGCUUAUUAAAAGUGAAGGGAAGACCAAAACAAUGGAAACGGGUUUUGGUAAAACACAAGGUGAACAUUCAAAAAAUAUGCCAUUGGACAGAGAGAAAAGGGCAGCAUUUGUUUCAAAUUCAGGUGAACAAAGGACAAAUGAUAUAAUCCAAGAGAUCCCAAUCGUCCAAAAUCAAAGACCAAUUGAAGAAAGCUCAGAGAAGAAAAGAUCUAGCUCUGCUAUUUCAGAUCUUUCACAGAACCUCAAUUCUCAAGAUAAAUCAGCUUUUUUAGAGAUUUCACAUGAAGUUUCAACUGAUGAAGCUCUACUUCAUACAUCUUCAUCAGAGAACCAUGAUAAACCACGUAAAAUAGAAUCACCCAGCAAAAAAAWUCAAGAAUCACCAUCUGUCAAAAUAUUACCUGAUGAGAAAGAAACAGUGAUACCAUCCUUGAUUUUACCUCCUGUUCUUAAUGAAGGAAACUCAAAGGUUGAUGUAUCAGAAGAGAAAUUACAAACAGAAACUCAAAACCAAACAGCAGAAGAAUUUGAAGCUCAUGAAGAAGUACCACAUGAAAAUGAAAUGAAAGAUCAAGAUUCAGUGCCCAAAACCCAAGUGCAAUCAAAGAAGCAAAAAACUUCCAGAGAAGAACUUAAUAGUCAUUGCCUGCACUGCCCAGAAGAGGACACAAUUACCAUUUUUAUAUCACCUCAUUGGUCAUUGUUUGCUAUCUGGGAUGUCACCUGGGCACCCCAAAUUUAUCAAAGAUCUGGAUUGUGUCAUUGA